GACAGUUCACACUAAAAUCAUGAAAAUAGAAAAAAAAUUGUACACACAUAAAUUUAUAAAUUAAAAUCCCUUUUCCUAUUACACAGAUUACAACAUCUUACAUCACUAUGAAUCGUCUUAAAAAUCCGAAUGCGGAACGAAAUAAUCCUUGCUUGAAGGAACAAGAACAGUCGUAUAGUUGUUUGAAUAAAAAUGGAUUUAAUCAAGAAAAGUGUGAAUUACACUUCGACAAUUAUAAUACGUGUAAAAAGUUCUGGGGAAAAGUAUAUAAAGACAGGAAGGCUAAAGGUCUAACUCCAUACUUGCCGGAAGUAUCUGAGAGAGAAAGCAUCAAACAGGAGUAUUUGAAGAAGGUCUACUUUACCUAAUUUACACUUUAGUAUAAGAGCUGUAAAUAUUUGAAAGGAAUAUAUAAGGAAUUAAGCAGGAAUAUUGCAGUUUUGUUAAUUAUAUGGGCAAUAGUUGUAAUAAAAACUGGGUUGAUUAUUGAUCAGAUUUUCAAUACAAUUGUUCAUACAAUUGCAAUUUGCAAUAAUGAAUGAUUAUAUUGAAACAGUUUUAAAUAACCAUAGUACCUCUUAUUCUUUUUUAAUUUAUGUAAACAAUUUGCACACUAUGGUUUUGUAAUGUGAGAUCUGUUAUAUAAAUACAUACAUAUACAUAGAAAUAUUAUGUUUCACACAACAUUAAUUUAUUAAUAUGAAUUACCAUAUUCAUAACUAAUCCAUUUUCCUAUUACACAGACCAUAACAUCUUAUCACUAUGAAUCGUCUUUAAAAUCCGAAUGCGGAACGAAAUAAUCCUUGCUUGAAGGUAUAUCAGAAAAUACGAUAUUAAAUAAGAAAUUUGUAAUGUUAGAUAAAUAUAUAAAUAUGUUUUGCACAA